UUAGUGUCUGUGUUGACCACAGGGCCGGGGCCAUGGAGAGGCUGUGAGCGGCGGCAGCAGACGUUGAAUUUCACACGCUCCUGUCAGUUGGGCUAAGCUAGCUGUGCUGUGUCCGUGUCCGUGUCCGUGUCCGUCCUCCUGGAGCCCAUCCACCGACUCUCUGACCCGAGGAGGAGCGUCGGUCGUCGGAAGCCGGAGCGGACGUUGUCGCCGUGUGAAUGUCCGGUACAGACAACUGACAGCCACCAUGUCAGGUUUAACACUACAGAGCGGUAACCUGCAGGGUCUGGAGGAGGGGGAUAUUCUGGACCCAGAGUUUCAGCAGCGUCUGGAGGAUGCUCGUACUCUGCUCAGGCAGGAGAUCCAGCGGGAGCUGAAGAUCAAGGAGGCGGCGGAGAGGCUGCGGCGGGCCGUCACCAAUCGCAAGAGUGCGGCCGAUGUGGAGGGUCAACUGAAGGCCUCGAGCCGCAAGCUGAACAAGUUGCACUGGGAGCUGCAGGAGCUCAAUGCCAGGUCUAUGGCCACAGAGAAAGACGGCACCACAGGCUGUCUGGAGGAAGAAGACAACCAGUCAGCAGAGUCGUGUCAGUGGGAAGAAGUCACAUCACCGCUGGCCGGUCGAGUCAGGACCCUGAAGAAGCAGCUCACCAUGGAGACCAAAGUCAAGCAGGGUGCUGAGAACAUGAUCCAGACUUACACCAACAGCUCAUUUAAGGACAGGAAGAUGCUGUCGACAGCCCAGCAGAUGUUGCAGGACAGUCGCACAAAGAUCGAGCUGCUGCGCAUGCAGAUCGUCAAAGUCAGUCAAGCCAGAGACGAGGAACAAGAUGGUACACAUGGUCAGACUGUGGAGAUGAUCAGUCCUCUGGAGCUGCGGGUGGCCGAGCUCAUGCACCACAUGAAGAUCGAGUUGGCCGUAGCAGAAGGUGCUAAAAAUGUGGUGAGGCAGCUGAGUGGGCGAAAGAUCCAGGACCGCCGCAUACUCGCAGAGGCUCAGGCACGAAUGCAGGAGUCGUCUCAGAAAGUGGAUUUGUUGCGUCUCUCCCUGGAGAGGCGUUUGAGUGAGCUGCCUCACAACCAUCCCGAGCAUGUCGCCAUCAAAGAGGAACUAGUAUUGGGAACCUCCCCGUCCUACGGCACACCAAACAAGAAGUCCAGCGCUUCGUCCUCCUCCUCGUCCUUCUUCAAGCCAGCCAGUCUAACAGGUCGGUUAGAGGUUUGUUUGAUGGGCUGCCAAGACCUGUUGGAGUCGGUUCCAGGCCGUGGUCGUGUGACCAGCCCGGCCACCCCUGGAAACCUGUCCGAUGGAAAGUCCCUGAAGGUGAGAGCUGGCCUAUCAGGGCGCAGUGCCAAUGGCAAGACCCCCAAGGCUGAUGAACUGUCCUCUGAGAUCAGUGCUGUACUGAAGGUGGACAACAGGAUGGUGGGGCACACACACUGGAGACAGCUGGGCAAAGAGGCCUGGGGCCAGAGCUUCAGCAUCGAGCUGGAAAGGUCCAGGGAGCUGGAGAUCGCGGUGUACUGGAGGGACUGGCGGGCGUUAAGUGGGGUGAAGUUCCUGCGGCUGGAGGACUUCCUGGACAACCGGAGACAUGGGAUGUGUCUGCAGCUGGAGCCUCAGGGCAUCCUCUUCAUCGAGGUGACAUUCAUCAAUCCCGUCAUCGAGCGGCGAUCCAACCUCCAGAGACAGAGGAGGAUUUUCCCUAAAGAAAAAGGGAAGGACUUCCUGCGUGCUGCCCAGAUGAACAUGAACUUUGCCACGUGGGGUCGUUUGAUGAUGAGCAUCCUGCCUCCCUGCAGCUCCCUGGAGCCCAUGAGUCCCCCAUUAGCAGGCCCUAACACUGGCCCCACGUCCUCCACCACCUCUCAGUCUCGAGAACCUGCUGCAGUGAGUCUAAACUUGGCUGAAGAACAACCUGGCAGAUCUCCACACCUCUCCAGGAAAAACACUAAAGACUCUCCACUGUCUCCAGGUGAAAACAAGAGCCCAAAGCCAAAGAGACAACCCUCCAUCCAUCCACCUCCACACAGGACUGAAGGGCUGCAGAUGGAAGACUUCAACUGUAUUUCAGUCCUGGGACGAGGUCACUUUGGAAAGGUGCUGCUGUCAGAGUAUAAGAAGUCAGGUAAACUUUACGCCAUCAAAGCGCUGAAGAAAGGAGACGUCGUGACACGAGACGAAGUGGACAGCCUCAUGUGUGAGAAGAGGAUCUUUGAAGUGAUCAACACCUCUCGCCAUCCUUUCCUGGUGAACCUGUACGGCUGCUUCCAGACCUCAGACCACGUGUGCUUCGUGAUGGCCUACUCCCCGGGAGGAGACCUGAUGACCCACAUCCACACCAGCGUCUUCACUGAGAAACAGACCCGCUUUUACUCGUCGUGUGUGCUGCUGGGUCUGGAGUUUCUGCACCAAAACCACAUCGUGUACAGGGACCUGAAGCUGGAUAACCUGCUGAUGGAUGCUGAUGGUUUCGUCAGGAUCGCAGACUUCGGUUUGUGUAAAGAAGGUAUGGGCCACGGGGACCGCACCUCGACCUUCUGUGGCACACCGGAGUUUCUGGCUCCCGAGGUCCUGACUGACAACAACUACACUCGCAGUGUGGACUGGUGGGGGCUGGGGGUUCUCAUCUAUGAGAUGUUGGUGGGGGAGUCCCCGUUCCCAGGUGAUGAUGAGGAGGAGGUUUUUGACAGCAUUGUCAACGAUGAAGUGCGCUACCCUCGCUUCCUCUCUCCUGAGUCUGUGUCCCUCAUUCAGAAGCUGCUACAGAAAAAUCCUGAGAUGAGACUGGGAGCAGGAGAGGACGACGCCUCGGACAUCAAGAGACACAGAUUCUUCCAGGGGACGGACUGGAACGCUCUCCUGGCCAAGAAGGUGAAACCACCGUUCCUGCCGGUCAUCAGGGCGCCACAGGACGUCAGUAACUUCGACGAGGAGUUCACUCGACUCAAGCCAGUCCUCACCCUCCCACGGACGCCCUGCGUCCUCACUGCAGAGCAGCAGGAGAUCUUUGCUGACUUUGACUUCUCCUUUAUGAGCUGACCCGAGGGAUCUCCCUCUGUGCUGCCGCAUCACUGUCACAGGCGGCUCCUGUUUCCACCUUUUUGUGCUUCUGAUUCAACAAGAAUCAUAGAAACGACACUCUUUACCUUUUCUUUUCCUCUUUCAUCUUUGUGGACUGUUUCCUGCACACUACAAAAACAGCCUGUCACACUUCACUGCCAGUCUGACCCCCACUGCCUCUGAUUUCAUGAUGCAGCAUUUACUUUAUACCAAAUGGAUUUGGAGCUGUUUCUGUCAGAGCUGUGGUGGGAUGAUUUUUUAUAUAAAUGUUGAUUGUGCCAGUGAUGCUCGGCACUGCCUCCUCAGUCCGGCUCUGUAAAUAUCCAAAUGAAGAAAACUGAAUGAACUUUUCUACUCUGAUCAUUUUAUAUCCAGCUGUUGUUAAAUAACCUGUUAUAUGUUGAUGGGAUGUGAUGUGCUGA